AAUAAUCAUCAUCGGUAUUUAUACCGAAGGGAAAAGUGUAUUUCCAGCCACUUUUCAGCACAUGUCGAGUUUUCCGGCUGUAGACAAAGUAAAGGGAGUCCAGGAGAACUCCGCGGAGCUGCUUUUUUCAGGCUGAACUAAAAUACAGCUUUGCGCUACUUUAUUCAGGCACUCGUCAAACUGUUGAUCUUUCUGCUGUGUGGAUAGAGGCUUUUUGGAGCACCAACCAGGAUCACGAAUUCAUACAUCGAAUGAAAAACAACAGGACGUUGUUCUCCUUGUUGUUGGGAAUCAGGAGGCGUUUAUACUGCACCAUGUAGUCUAAAGGAUGUAAUGAUCACAGGGACCUUUACCUCACUAUUUCCCAGAUGGAAUUUAUAGCUAGACAGUUAUCAUGAUGAUAGUCCAAUCCUGCAGACACCACUGUGGACAGCAAUAAGACAUCUUCCCCACAGGUUUAUCUGACUAAUUCCUCUUGAGUUUACACAAGUUCUGUUCAGUACUCUUCACUCAGAAACAGAUUUGUGAAGCUUAGCCGACAUGGGUUCUCGUUUUUGUUCUAAUGGUGGCAAGCAUCAGUGUUGCUGUUGGUAAGUUAUCUUCAGCAGGCACAAAAUGCCAGUAUGCCUAUCACUCAGGACAAUGCCCUCAGCAUCCUCCUGCUGCUGGAGGACUGGCACAGGGCUCAGAUGGUGAGAUCUAACAAGAGGGAGAACAUAAAAGAAGACAGUGUGGAAUAUAAGGAUGAAGAGUACCACAAUGCAAAAGAAGACAGUUUGUGUGGCAACAAUGGCGUUAGCAUCAUUCAGUUGGAUGACUUGCCCCUGUGUCUGGCUGCUGCUCAGAAGUUGGUGGAGUAUAUUAAGUUCAAUUUCAUGGACGGUGACUCGGAUCUCUCAACUACAAACUCCUCCUGUAGGAAGGGACUUGAUGUUGAAGUUCAUGCUGUUUCCCUCAGAAAAGGUGAGGGUGAUGCUGUUGAAUUUGGCCUGAGCUUUGGGAACAUCCCAAUUUUUGGGGAUCCUGACAACAGGAAAAAGGGAUCAUCAAGGAAAAGGAAAGAGGAGGCCCCCAUCAUUGAUGUGGGCUGCAUCUGGGUGACAGAGGUGAAAAAGAAAAGCCCAGCAGCCUGUUGCAGGUGUAUAAAACUCAGAGACGAAUUGCUGUCAGUAAAUGGACAACUGAUGGUGGGAGUUAAUGUCGGUGGAGCCAGCUAUCUAGUUGACCAGUGCUGGAAUGGCGGUUGCAUCUAUUUGAUCAUUUUGCGUCGAAUCAAGCGAAAGGCCCCUCUCCCUCCUUGUGUCAGGGAAAGUGUCAUUAUUCCUAACAGGAUGGGCCACUGUGAAAACCAGCAGGACCAGCCGCAGGACAUAGAUGAUUCUGAUGAGGCAAACUACAAACGCACACGCAAGUUUGGCGUCAUAUCACGGUCAUCGUUUAACCAAGACCUUAGGGAAAGUACUGAAUCAGAGAUCCAAAGCUGCCACUGGAACUCUGCUCUAAAUACUGAUGGAGAAGUCAGUCCUCCACUGGAGGACUCAGAUUGCAGCACAGACUCCUCUCCUCAGAUAAGAACUAUUCAUUCAUACAAUGGAGCUGCUGCAACUCUGCCUGGAAGAAGUCACAGUCAGAUGUUGGAAUGCAAAAUGCAUUCCUUCACCAGUGAAGCUACAACCCAGGUCAGAGAGGGCAGCCACAUCUGGAAGAUGCACAUGGUAAAAGGUCAUGAGGGACUUGGCAUACAAAUAACAGGGGGACGUGGCUCCAAGCGCUCUUCUCAUGGCAUCAUUAUUGCUCAUAUAGAGAAAGGGGGUGCUAUUCACAGGGAUGGACGUCUCCAUGUUGGUGAUGAAUUACUCAUGGUUAAUGGCCACUCUCUAGUGGGUCUCACACAUCAUGAGGCGGUUUCUGUCCUUCGCUCCACUACUGGUCUUGUCCAGUUGGUGGUAUCAAGUCGGGAGGAGUCUGAAGUGGAUUUUGAACACUUCCCCUCCACAAGCCUUCCAGACCUUGUCAGCACCUGCAGAACCUCCUUAUCCCUGUUUCAGCCUGCACCCCCCUGCUCUUCUCAGACCUUCAGCAGCACUACGGGUCUUCACAACUCCUCCCUGUUACCCAGCCUGGAGAACCUGGAGGAAUUAAGUCAGGGGAAGGCAUCAGAAGGAUGCAGCUGCAGCCCUACACCCUUGAAGAUAUCCACCCAAUCCCAGGGUGGCAACAGUCGGCUGGAAUCAGUGGGCGAGGAUGAUGAACUGUUUGUGGAGACCAGUAUCAGUGGCAAUGAGGUGGCAGAAAAACCUCCACCUGGCCGACGGAAACACUCCCUCCCUCAGCAGCUAGAUAGUUCUGGAGUCAGACAGGACUAUCAGAUAAUUAAGAAAUCAGCCCGCUCCCUGAGCACUAUUCAAGUAGAGUCUCCAUGGCGACUGGCACAGCCGUCUAUUAUCUCCAGCAUAGUGCUGAUGAAAGGCCAGGGUAAGGGCCUUGGGUUCAGUAUCGUUGGUGGACAGGACUCGGCACGUGGGCAGAUGGGCAUUUUUGUCAAAACAAUUUUUCCACAUGGAGCUGCAUCAGCUGAUGGGCGGCUGAAAGAGGGAGAUGAGGUUCUGGAGGUAAAUGGAGAGUCUCUCCAAGGACUCACACACCAACAGGCCAUUCAGACCUUCAAACAACUGAAAAGAGGGGUUGUGACCCUCACAAUUCGCACUCGUCUGCGCAGUCCCAGUCUAACACCAUGUGCAACCCCAACCCUUCCCAGUCGCUCCAAUUCACCCAAUACUAGUGGGGGCACACCUGUCCUACUAGGUGUGGAAGAGGCUGAAAGCCACAAGGGUCCUGGCCUAGGUCCAAAAGACUGCAUCAUCAUGGAGGUUACUCUUAAUAAAGAACCUGGAGUUGGUCUGGGUAUUGGAGUUUGUUGUCUGACACUGGAGAACUCUGCUCCUGGUAUCUACAUCCACAGCUUGGCUCUCGGAUCCAUUGCCAAGCUUGAUGGAAGGCUCAGCCGUGGAGAUCAGAUUCUGGAGGUGGACUCUGUCAAUUUUCGUCAUGCUGCACUCAGUGAGGCUUACGCUAUUCUCAGUGAAUGUGGUCCUGGACCAGUCAGUCUCAUUAUAAGCAGGCACCCAGACCCCAAGGUAUCAGAGCAAGAGAUGGAUCAGAUUAUUGCUCGAUCAACAAACAAGGAGAAAAUAAUCAGAAAUAGACUCUCCUCUCAUUACCAAGGUCUGUCUAAUAAGAGCCCCCGGGCAGCGAUGAAGUCUCGCCAGGCAGAGAACCCCUCUGCCCUCAGCUGGGCCAUGAAAAGGUUCCUUGAGCCUGCCAGCAGAGCAUCCCUGAGCUCUGAGACGGAAUUAUCCCAGUACUUCCCUCAUGAUGUUCCUUGCCACUCAAUCGCUUCUGAGUCCGUUCUGAGAAGCUCAAACAGUGAGCAAGGGCUCCACCAACUGGGCUGCAGUACCUCAACAGAAGAUGAUCCAUUACAACCACAAACAUUCAGAACCUGUGUGACAGACAUAAACCACAGCCCUGUAUGUAUGACAUCACACAACGAGACUUCUGUCCCUUUCCAUCAGCAUCACACCCUGACUGUCUCCAGCCCCGUCUCAGUGCGGAGCCCACUGCUCCGCCAGCGAAAGGUCAUAUGCUCAGAGGAUGAGCUCAGUGAGACCUCAGACAAAGCUGAAAAUGCUGAGCUUCUGACCCAGCAACAAAAACCCAAAGCUCCACAUUCACCACAGAUUUUAUCUGAUUCCACAUUAACAACAGGGCUGAACCCAAGGCAGCUCUGUGAGAGGGAGAGUGUCAAUGGUCUUCACACUGUUACCUUGAAGAAAAGAGAGGAUGAGACAUUUGGGGUGGACCUGGAGAUUAUGUCAUCCCCUCUGAGAGUUAUGGUUGCUGGGUUAAAGCCUGACCUCGCUGCGGAAUGGGACUGUGAAAGCAAACUCUGCCCAGGAGAUGAAAUUGCAAAAAUUGGAGAUAAAUCUGUGAACUCUUCAAACUACCAGGAAAUUUGUGAACUUCUUCACAAUCUUCCAAUGACACUGUCUUUGGAGGUGAGGCGAGCAACUUCAGCUGUAGAACGGCUGUCCAGUUUGAAAACCUCAGCGGGGGGCAGUGAUGAAGCCACGAGGCAGAAUCCAACCCUCUCUGUGCAGGAGACACCUGUUAAAGCUACGUAUAGAAACACAGGAAAAUCCAAGAACUCAGACCAAAGUGAAAGUGAAUUUCAAACAGCCAUCACAAGCAUGAUUGAUGAUCCAACUGAAGGAAGAAUUUCUUUACAUGGACAUGAAUUCCCUUGUAAAAUAUUCUCUGACUCACUCAGCUCAUGUAGAAGUGAACACACUGCAGUCCAGCUGGAGGAGCCUAGUGUCCAGGACUGUCCUGCCUUGGAAUCCCUGGAUGAAAUAGUUUCUAAAACUGUGUGUCCAAAACAAAAAACAAGUGAACCAGCCUCUGACAACAAUAGAGUGGGCAGUAAAGUUGCUAAUUAUAGUCUCAAUGAGAUUACUUCAUAUGCUGAUGAGGUGAAGUUUUUUUCCAGUGAUCAACAGCAACCAGAUGAUAUAAGAUCAUCUCAUACAAACCUGUCAUCCCAUGGAUCUAUUAUUGAUCCAGAUCAGACUGUGUCUCCAUCAGACAAAGAGAGCUUUACUGUAGCUUCUCCGCAUUCUGAGCUUCAUCAGAUACCAGGGGCCACUUCUGAAGAGCCACCAUGCCAGUUAUCCAGCAAGACAGGAAAUAGAUCAGCUGCAGAGAGCCCCAUUAACUGUGCCCGAGAAAACCCAUGCUUUACACCCAGAGGCCUCUCCCAACCAGAUACUGGCAUUACUCAGGCUGCUACUGCAGGUGUUUGUGGAGAUGGUUCACAGUCCUCUGAGUUACAAACAUCUUCAACUGAAUCCAAGACCUUGGACUCAAAUGUUAGAUCCCAUUCUGGAGGUUCUGACUUUCACAAACAGGUCUUGGAAGAUAAAGUGGAUUUAAACCCAGAGGCUAUCCUCACUUUGAAGAAAACAUCUGCCGUAAAACCACUUAAUGAUUCAGACUGGCCAACAGGAAGUGGUCAAUUUAAUCAUCAGUUGGAAACAAGUCCUCCGAAAUUAAUAGCUUUAGGUACUCAAGGUGUCAGUAUAGAACAGCAAGAACCUCAACAGAAAGUUUUCCGAAGUGAAAUCCCAGUACCUUCCGACACAAAUGUUGCCUUGAAACAGUUUACUGAAUUUCAGCCAAUCACAAUCAUGUCUAGCUUCUUGAAUUUAAACAAGCAACUAGAUGAUUGCCCUGAAUUAUCCAGAAUCAGUGACAGAAUGCAGAAUGCAGCUCUGCAUGGAGGCACAAUUCAAACUGUACAGCACACCAUGGAGAAAAACAGCCAUUUAGGUUCUAAAUCAUCACCCGUAUCGCAAGAGCAACCACAAUCAUCUAUUACCCAAAGAACAUUUAUAGAACUUCAUCUGUCUCCGGCAUCUGGUUUCAUAUCGCCAGUAUUUAAAUAUAAUAAAGAACCAACUUCGAAACCUACUAAAGACUCUAAAAGCAAAACCUAUGCCAGAUUAGCAUCUAAACUUUCUCCCCUUUCCAGAGGUGCAAUAACUAAUGGCAUGGCCAAACGUGAAGGGUUUGAUUCACCUGAUUCCACUAAAAAAACUCAGUUCACCACAGCCAAUGACCCAAAACCAAGUCAAGGACUGUUGUCAGGUGAGACGCUGAUGCUCAGCACAUCUAGUCCAAAUGGUCAGACCAUGGUGAAGCAGAGCCUGUCCAAGGAUGCUGUCCUGUCUGCAGACUACAAGCCUUUCUCUGUUCAGCAUAAAAUAAAGUCCUUUGAAAGCCUUGCGAACUCAGAUAAACCUGUGGCCAAAAGCAGUGAUGUUCAUACUUUUGCAGUGGCAUAUACAGCUUCACUUAACCAAAGGAUUGCUGGAUACAUGGACUUGGUUAAUUCUGUUGACUGGCGAGACCACCAAAAGAAUAACAGCGACUACUUGAAAUCAGGAGCCACCCUCUCACCUCCUCUUUGUGAAUCUGCUGAGGAUGAAGAUCUAAAAGCCUCAGAUGGGACCACAACACGUACACCUCUGGUGCUGCGACGGAAACAUGGUAGAUUUCCCACCAGGAAGGUGCAUCAGCUUAGGGCUCUCAGUAUGCCCGAUUUAGAAAAACUAUGCACAGAUGAUCUCAGCAGAACAAAUAACGCAGUUGUUAACGAAAAUGAUUCCAGUAUCUGCUUAACUAUUGCUCCAAAAGCCAAAGUCACUGAUUGCUUUUCACCAACUGCAAUGCUAAGCUGCAGUGACAAUGCAUCUUCUGUGGACACUCCUCAGAGGCCCCCAGAGACGAGACAGCCUGGCUGGUCCAUCAGAUUAAAGGAGUUGGUAGCAUGUCCAGUAAGUCAGUAUAAGCUGCAAACACUGCUGACCUCCCAGACUGCUCAGUCAUAUGUGAUGAGCCUGUUGGAAGAGACCAUGGCCCACUCAGAGAUCUUCAUCAGAUGGGCUACAACAGCAGUGGAAAACACCAAGCACCACUCUCGUCAGCUAAGAGCAGGAAACCCAUGGUGGUGUAAUAGUGUGAUGAACAACAACAAUACUCUGCUAGUUGUCCUGAGUAAAGAAGAAGGUGCAGGACUUGGCUUUAGUAUUGCUGGUGGUGUCGACGUUGAGCAGAAACAAAUAACUGUUCACCGCGUCUUCGCCAAGGGAGCAGCUAGCCUUGAAGGAACAAUUCAAAGCGGUGACACCAUUUUAUCCGUGAAUGGAACAAGUCUGGAGGGUAAAUCCCAUGUAGAAGUGGUGUCCUGCCUUCAUCAGGCCAGAUUCUCCAAGCAAGUUUUAGUUGUCAUUUGGAGAAAUUCGAGCUGAGUGUCUCUUGCAAAGACUAUCCUCUUCAAACAAAAAAAUCUGUGUUCAGCAGGAAAUAAUUUUGUGAAGGCUUAAGCUGUUGUUUAGGAAUACAUCUCUGAUAAAUUAGAUUACCAUUACUAUCCCUGGCUCUAGAGUUUACCAUCAGCCUUACUAAGCCUUGUUGAAGUUUUCUGGUCCAAUGUGUUUGGAUGCAGAGGUAUCAAACCGCAACUGGUGACCACCACAACCUACAACUAUUGUUCCUUCUUAGUUACUGCAGUUAUAUGUUGGGUCAAAUCUAACGGAGAUGGAUAGCAGUGUGCAGCAUAUUGAACAUAAACUGCAGUUUAUAAGACAAUAAAAAUAGAAUUCUUCCUAUUUUUACACUUGAAAUCAGCCUACAAAGCUUUUUAAAAGAAACAAUCCAAUCUUUUGCUGUCAGUCUAUUAGUAAUGAUCUGAUAGACUCUGUCACUGUUGCAGUCCCAGCCAUUGUUUGUGCUGGCUAUCAUCACCUGGAAUGAAAUAAAGUUGCACGCAGUGGUAUGCAGGGGCAUGUUCCUAAUCAUGAACUGAAUCUUUUUCUGUCCUGGCUGUUUUCAUUGUUCAUUGUGAAUUUGGAAGCAAAUAAGGCUUUAAACAUGGAACUGUGUAAGACUCAUUUUGUCUGUGAGGGGAGCAGGUUUGCCCCCAGAUAUAAACUUUAAAGGUGCGUCAAUUACAAAGGCUGAAUAUUGAAACUUAUAAAGUAGUACAAUAUUAUAUUUAUACUGAACUGAGGAAGAGACAGGAUUCAUUUCUGUAAUGUGGAUUCAACAACUGCAUUUGUAGAACUUGAUAAGAACUUUAUAUCUGUUUUGAUUGUGUGUGAACAUAGCUUUGUACAGUCAACACUGACAUAAUUAUGAUGCUGAAUCUUGAAAUUACAGUCAGUAACUAAAAAGCUAGGAUGAUGCAAAUAAUAGAGCUAUAACAUACUUGUCAAAUGAUUUCAAGAAUAUAUCUGAAAUAAACCAAUCACAGCAAUGAUAAUUUAUUUAUUACCUUUUUAAGGAGUCAGCAUGUUCCAUGACCUCUCUUCCUGUAGCAUUUUAGGACUGUCUUAACUGGCAAGAGUAAAAGUUGUGGAUUUAAAGUUAAACAUAAGAAUGAGCUGUUCAAUGAUUUGGAUCCACUUCAGUCUCAUUAUAUAUGCUCUAAAAGGGUAAAGGCUUUGUGCUCAUUGAAACCCCCUGCAGAUGAUGUCUACUCUUAUCAAGCUGCUGUAACACAUACAGACACACAGGUCUAACACCUGUACGUAUAAUUCUGUUUUAAUGUGUCCAUCAAACCUGUGAACUAACAUCCCGACCAUCAUGGAUGGGGGCUUGUGCAUGAAGCCUUCAUGAUUCAGGGAAUAUCAUUUCUAAUAAAUUCUUCAAAUGUUUAAAUCACAGGAUCAUUCUCCACUUCACUUUAGUCUGUAAUGAAUUCAGUCAUUUUUCAGGGCUUUGCUUUUUCAGCAUUUAAUUUUGUUGUAUUGUUUUUCAACCUGUACUUGUAAAAGCGUUGCAGAAUUGUUUUUGACAUGUUUUCAUGCUGUUUUCUGUGAAAUUAAAAUGAUUCAAAAAUAAUUAAAACAUGUUUUAUUUACA